AUGAAAUUCUCUCUGCUGGCAGGGGCAAUCCUCCUCCCCCUCUCCGUCCUGGCACAUCCGAAUCUAAUUCCAAACCCACUCACUGUUCUCCGGAAAUGCAUUCCCCUCCUCGGCGACCUUGGCGAAAGCGAAGCAUGGUUCAUUGCGAACCUGCAGUGUAAUUAUGCUUGUCAGCAAGAUGGAUUCAACGGCGGUGCGUGUGAUAGGGCUGCAUAG